AUGAGCUCUACUCCCGAUAAGCUCGACGAUAACCAGGACGUGCCAUCGUUUAUGGGCAUGCAGCAAGGUGGCCCCCUUCGUGACAGCAAAAAGGUAAUUCGAGAUGAAACGAACCUGCUGCUUCUCUGGGUUGGUUUCAACCUUGAAGGGCGAAAACCCGACAAGGAUGCCAUUGGAAAAGUGCUUGGCAUUAGCCCGGUUGCAGCUGAAGGACGUCUGCUCAAAAUAAAGCGUCGAAUGAGAGCUAUGUGUAAGGAGAGUGACGACUACCGAUCCCAGGAGGCGAGGAAGAACAAGGGCAAGAAGAGAAAGCAGGACAUUAAGCAGGAAAUUGGCGAGGAUGAGGAUGAAGAAUUGCAAGCUACUGGUGAAGAUGAAGCUUGA